AUGGCCAGUCGCUCGGAAUCAUCCGGGGAUGUCACACCCCCCUUGAAGGAAGACGACCUCGCCGUGUCCGUUCUCGACCCGGAUCAGCACGAUAGAAAGGACGAAGGCCUUGCGGGAGAAUACCCUCAAGAGAAAAUUCGAGUACCUCUCUUUCGAUCAACUCGUUUUCAAGCUGCGGUCAUCGCAGGGGUCUUCUUUUGCGGGCCGGGCAUGUACAGCGCGCUCAACGCGCUGGGUGCUGGAGGACUGCGGAGUCCACACCUGGUCAAUAUCACCCAAAGCAUGUCCUACGGAGAGAACGUUCUCUUUGCCCUUCUCACCGGUGUCGUGGUCAACAUUUUCGGAGAACGCCUGACGCUGAGCGCCGGAGUGGCCGGGUUCAGCAUAUAUGGGGCAUCACUUUAUUGCAACAAUCGUUAUGGCAAAAGCAGUUCAUGGUUUCUGUACUUCUCCGCGGCGCUCCAGGGCGUACUGACUGCCAUCCUAUGGGUCGUCCAAGCUGCCGUCAUGCUAGCAUAUCCCGAGCCUGAUUUCAAGGGAAGAUUCAUCUCCAUCUGGUACGCCUCUAUCGCCUGUGGUCAGGCGGUUGGAGGGAUCAUCGCCUUGGGCUUCAAUGCGAGGAAUGCCGAGGCUGGUUCAAUCACACCAAACUCUUAUAUUCCGUUGAUCGCGAUAGCCGGACUCGGCCCCUUCAUCGCUCUUCUCCUGUCCUCACCAGCGAAGGUCGUUCGAAGGGACGGUGUUCGAGUCACCAGUAAUAAACAAUCAAACCCAUGGCAGGAAGCGAAGAACGUAUUUUCCGCAUUAAAGAGAAGAGAGAUGGUCAUGCUCAUCCCUCUGUUCAUAUUCUCACAGUGGUUUCUGUCGUACAACAACAAUUUCACGGCUAUCUACCAUUCGGUCAGAGGCCGCUCGCUCAGUGGCUUCCUCAGUGCCGUAUGGGGGAUCGCCGGCACCUUCUCCUUUGGGACAUUUUUGGAUUCAAAGACAGGGUGGGGAUUUGCACCAACGCGAGCUGCUCGACUGCGUCUCAGUUUCUAUGUCAUAUAUGCCUUGUACACCAUGGUGUGGGUUUGGGCAACCGUCGUGCAGUGGUACUAUUCCAAGACGCAUCCGGUAGGACUGGAUUGGACGGAUGGCGAGUUCUAUGCCAGCUUCAUGCUCCUCUUGUUUUGGGCUUUCGUUGAUCACGCCUUCCAGACAUUUAUGUACGCGACAGUCGGUUCACUCACAGAUGACGUCGAUGAGUUGGAGAGAUACACUGGAUUUCUGAAAGCUGUCAAUACCGGUGGUGCAGCGCUCGGCUAUGCCGUCCAGGUGGAAUGGAGCAUGAUGGGUUCUGAGGCCUUGUUGCUCGGCCUCUGGGUCAUCCAGAUCUGGCCGACUUGGUUGGUGAUCCGUCGCUUGACCAAGUGA